AUGGCGGAUCAGACUCUUGUUCAACCUUUCCUAGCCAAACCCACCACCAAAGACUCAGGUUCAGGUAUCUUUCUACGGAUCUUCUCUGUACUUCUCGUGGGAGCAAUCUCCUUGUGGGCAAACCACGAGGCGUCAAAAGGUUUCUCCAUAACCAUCAUCAACGAAGCUAAAGAAUCUCCUCCAGGGAAGAGAUUCUCUCUUUUCUUCGAGUCUGAUGAUACCGCGGUGAGGCUCUUGCUCGAGACGAGCUUCUUCGUGGAGAGGUUUCUCUACGACGGUGUUCCUCGUCGUCUCCGGAAGCCUGUAAACCACGUCACCGUACGGUUCAAUGGAAACAGAAGCGAUAAGUUCUCGGUUGCUUCUAACGCAAGUAAUGGAGAGUAUGUGAUCGGUUUAAGCUCAUCUCUAAUGAAAACAAGUGAGUUUCGUGACGCCGUGGAAGCAGCAUUGCGACGAUCUAUGGUUAAGGUUUGGCUAUGGGGAGACAACGACGAGUCAGGGGCUUCGCCGGAGCUUGUAGCCGGGUGGUUGGAUUACUGUGAAAGACGUAGCGAGGGUUACAUCAGACGGUUGAACCAUGGGAUGAGACUUGGGUGGGAUGAUCAGACGGUGGAUCUCGCUUCGAAUGGUGCGUGUGGUUCACGUCAGGAUGCGUUGCGUGAGCUAAAAAAGGUGAAGAUGACAAUGGAUUUGAUGAUUGAGACACGAACAUGAUUGGUUCUCGUGCUGUCUUGUUGGAGCACACAUGGCUCCACGUGUAAUUAAAUGAUUCAGUGUAUAUAAUUCAACCAUUUUUUUGUGUGGAAAUGAUUUCUUUAUUUUCUCGGAUAAAUAAAGGAUUUAUAAGUUUGGUUUGUUAA